AUUUGGUAGUUAUAAUUAAGGCAAAUCAUAAUUAAAACAGAAAUGGCGAACAUGCAAAUAGUAGCAGCGUACAAGAAUGUUGUGGAGGCACAGUAUGUGGAGAUGAUGGUUCCCUUGUAUUCUUAUGGAUGCGAGAAGAAAAUCAAGAAAGCCUUAUCUGCUCUUAAAGGUAUAUACUCAGUGAAUGUGGAUUACUACCAACAAAAAGUGACAGUAUGGGGAAUUUGCAACAAAUAUGAUGUGCUAGAAACCGUAAGAAGCAAGAGAAAAGAUGCUCGUUUUUGGAACCCUGAAGACAAUCUUGAAUUAUUAGAGGAUCCAAAAUCAUCACCAUCUUCACCAAUAACAACUCUUCAUCACAAAGAUUUUAAGCGCUCUUUAACUUUGACUAAGGUUCGCUCUCUAAGUUUGAAAGCGUGGAAAAAAGUCUUCACUAGAUCAUAUUCUUUCUAA